AUAUAACAAAAAACGUAAUUUUAAAUCCUAAAACCCUAAUCAGGUGUGUGGUGAGUGUGAUCAACGUCGAUGGCGUGCAAUGGCUCCGGUUGCGAGUCCGGUUGUUACAAAGACGAAGAAGCAAUGUGUAACCAACCAACAAAGUCUGCAGAAACCGAUUCGACGAGCCCUAGCAAGAUCUGUAUCAAGUGCAAACUUAACGACGCCGUUUCCGGCUAUGGCGGAAUCGACGACGGCCGUUUCUGCGCCGAUUGCUUCAAGAGCAACUUGUUCGGAAAGUUUCGUAUCGCCGUAACUUCAAACGCCAUGAUUACUCCCACUGAUAAGGUCCUCGUUGCCUUCUCAGGUGGCUCUUGUUCUAGGGUAGCCUUGCAAUUUAUGCAUGACAUGCAAGCGAGGGCCCAGAAGAACUUUGAUGCGAGUAGAGAUAGGUCAUUGCCCGUUUUUGGUGUUGGAGUUGUGUUUAUUGAUGAGAGUUCUGUUUUGCCAAUUCCUUCUAAUGAAAUGGAGGAAGCAGUUGUAGUUAUUAAUAAGGUUGUGUCGAGUUUAGCCCCGCCUAGAAAGGAGUUGCAUGUUGUUCCUAUUGAGACUGUUUACUCGACUGAUUCUAGUGAUGGAAAGGAGAGGCUAAUCAAGCUAGUGAAUGCGGUGAGUGAUCCGACCGGAAGGGAGGAUAUGCUGCUUUGUUUGCGAAUGUUGGCCCUGCAAAAGGUUGCUUCUGAAUUCGGGUAUAACAGAAUCGUAUUAGGAUCAUGCAUCUCAAAGAUUGCUUGCCAUGUCAUUUCAGCUACUGUGAAGGGCCAAGGAUAUUCAUUACCUGCUGAUAUACAGUAUGUUGAUGCUAGAUGGGACAUUCCUGUUGUGCUUCCUCUGCGUGAUUGUUUUGCCCAAGAGAUCAACAUGCUUUGCCACCUUGACGGUCUAAAGACUUUAGCGUUAUCUACGGGUCCAUGCUCUAGCAUUAAUGGCUUAGUCUCAUCUUUUGUGGCUCUUUUACAGGAAGAAAACCCAUCUCGAGAGAGCACAAUCGUAAGAACGGCCAGUAAACUGACUCCCUUCCAAUUCAACCGGAUUCCAGAGAUAAUUGAUGGUAAUGUUCCCUUGGCAACUCGAAGACGCCAGAAGAGAUAUAAUAUCAAAUCCGAUGAAUCUGUUUCCUCCGAAUCUUUCUGUUCUCUCUGCAACAGCCCACUUGACAAGAGUGAGAUUGUUGAAUGGAGCAAUCUUGAUAACUGCAGAAGUAGUGACAUUUUUUACACUGCCUGCUGUUCAAGUUGUCAGUUUCAGAUACUUCCAAAGGAUUCCAUGUUAGUGGAACAAUUUUAUGUGGAUUUACCUCAAUCGGUGGUUGCCCGAGUGAAGCAAGCCAACAAUGGUAACUUGAGUCGGCUAAGGGAACAAAUACAAGAUUGCCUGCUUUCAGAUGGUGAAGAUGAAACAUAGGAUUAUUGUCUACACCGAGGCUCUCAGUUGAAGGGAUAAAUACUUUGUGCUAAUUUAAUUUACAAUUUGAGUACACUGUGAGAGGUUACUGUUUGGCUCUGGCUAUACAAAGAGUUAUGGAGCACUGAGAUUUACUUGCCUCCUUCAGAUCAUGGUUGUUGAUUCUUUUAAGAUUAUAUUUGAGAGCAUAUUUAAGUAGGCAUAAAUGAAAUAACCGUUUUUUUUUCCUUUUUGUAUCAUUGGCAAUUUGAUGAGAGUGAUAAGGUUGAUUCCGUGUACUCGUUGGGGGGCAUCAUGAUGUACUUCAUCUUAAGAAUCUGUUCUUAUGGUUAUUUAUUACCUAAGCAUUUAUUUGCAU